CCUCCGCCGUCCUAUGAGGAGGUGAUCAGGGAGAAGACACAGGAGCAGGUUCUCCCUCCUCCUCCUCAUCCUCCUUCCUCCUCCUCCUCCUCAUCCUCAUCACGUCCAGCUUCUACGAUAACCAUCGCCACGCAGACUGACCCAGGAUCUGCCCCUGAACCCCGGACCGUUCAGGACUCUCAGGAAAGAAGACCAGUGAGACCACUAUUGCCGCCUGUCCCUCACCCUCGCAAACCGGCCGACGUUGACAACGACAUCAUCACCGUCGCCGACGACAUCAUCGCUGCCAGCCAAUCAGCACUCCCCUCCGUUGACGGUGACGGCGUGGUACCAGACACACACCCGGUCACACACACUUCCGCUCACACACAGUGCUGCGACCUCUUCACUGACCUCGAACCUGGCCAAUGGGAUCGGUCGCUUGCUGCUGUUGACGCGGCCGCUCUUCCCACCGCUUCCUCUCCCGUCCCCUUGGAGCGUCCCAGGCCACGCCCCCGCCUGCGCUCCAGGCUCAGCGCGCCUAUCGGCAGCGACGUCAAAGUCCAGACUUUGGUGAAACUGCGAGAGGACGGUUUGGCCACGCUAGCGGCCCGCGCGGGAUCGGACGCCGCCGCCAACCGGGACGUGAGUCAGGGCAAGUACCUCCAGGAGCUGCUCCAGGCCUUCAGCGCAGACGACUGGGGCUUCCCCGAGCGCCGCAGCGACAGCAGCGAGCACAGCCAAUCGGAGAGCGGGGACGAAGACGAGGACGAGGAGGACAUGGCUACCCUGAAGGCGAGGAUACAAGCCUUUGAGCAGCAGCAGGUGGCUGAUGGGAGCUGUGCAGACGGUAAAAACAGAGACUUUGGGGUCGCAAACAGACCUGAACCCCGGCCACGCCCCCGUCUCCAGGGGCAACCAGCCAAAUCCGUCCCUCCCGCUGUCGCCCCGAAACCCAAAAAUCUUUCCCAUGCCCCCAAACCAUCCAGCAAAGAUUUCUGGGAGGACGGGGGUUUGACAGCAGACACGGCGGACUCGGGUUGCACCGAAACGGACUUAAACCCUCCAGCAGCUUCUGGCGCCCUGAAAUCUGCUCCAGCUUUGGUACCCGAACCCUGCACAAACACUGUAAAACCUGCAGUAUCCCCCAAACCACAGUCUGCUAGAGAAACCCUCACGCCUGGAACCCCUUCCCCUGCCCCCGUGCCGGCCCCGAGGCCUCCACCACCCAAACUCGCCCCCUCUGUCAGCGAGACUCCUUCCUCAGCCGACCCCAAACCUCCGCCCAGACCUCCAGUCGCCCCCAGGACCAGCCUAGGAGCACAACCCCAGGACAAGAUCACGCCGGCUGGGCAUGUCACCCUAACUCUGCCCACGAGACCCUCGUCGGAGGUCUGCAGUGGAGCGCCGGCAGAGACUCAGGCCGGAGGUGAUGAGACGCAGCAGGACGCUGCAGACCAAACUGUGAAAUUAAGAAGUGGCCGUCCAGGUGUCCCGACCAAACCCGCGCUGACAUCACCACGCAGAGCCAGCGCUCCAAGUGGUCUCCACCUGGCCCCCAAACCCUCUGGCGUCUCGCCAUCGCCUCCAGAUUCAAACCCUGUCCCGCCCAAACCCACAGCUGCUGCCCCGGCUAUAGCCCCCAGACCUUCAGGGACGGCCCCGGUUCAGAGCCCGGGCCUCAAACAACCCGCUCCGGCCCUGAGGAAAGGUCCCGUGAUUCAGACCAAACCAGAAACCAGCAGCCCUGCAAACCCAAGCUCCUCAGACCCUCCUCUCCCUCCGCGGCCUUCAAGCGCAAAGCUCCUCCCCCUUCGUCCUCCACCAAUCAAAUCCACCCCUGGGCGACCGCCGCCUCCAGCCAACCAGACGACCCCUCCUCGGCCCAAAACCUGUCCCGCCCCCUCUGUUUCCCCAGCCGGACAGUCUUCGUCUUCACAAACCACUCCGUCCUCUUCAUCUGUAUCAGCCAAUCAAAGGGCAUCAAAGAGGGGACCACCUCUGCCCCCCCGCCCUAAACCUGGACACCCUCUCUAUACCAGCUACGUGAAACAGGAAGUCCUGAUCGUCCUGGAUGACCCAAGCCCCCCAGAGGCUCCGCCAGGUGAAGGGAAGACUCAAACGCCCGUCAUCGACCCGUCACAAUGUCUCCUAGACCUGGACAUCCAACCAGAACCAGAACCUGCUCCAGAUCCGGACAACCAAUCAAAAUCGGCCUUGGAGGGCUUCAGCCUAUCUGACUCCCAGUCUAUUCUUCCUGUGCACCCCACGGAGCAGAAGGAACCGCCCGACUCUCCCCCCGUCAGCGGUCCUCGGUGCAUCGCCUUGUUUGAUUACGAGGGCGAGGACGACGACGAGCUCACCUUCUCCCAGGGUGACGUCAUCGCCCUGCUGGAGAUCAUCGGACAAGAGUGGGGGCGGGGCCAGAUCCACGGGCGAAUCGGGAUAUUCCCCCUGAACUUCGCCGAGGUUGUGGAGCCGCCCGCGCAGCCGGCGCCGUCGCCGGGGGAAACGGGAAAACCAACGGCAACAGAGACCACCGCGACAAAAAGAACAGCCCCAAAGACCUCAAAGGGCCCUGAGUCAGAGACCACGGAGUGGGCCGUGGCUCUGUUCGACUUCCCCGGGCAGACUGCAGAGGACCUGUCCUUCCACAAGGGGGCGCUCAUCCAGGUCACGCUGCACAUCGACGCUGAGUGGAGGCGAGGACGACUGGAGGGGAGGGAGGGGAUCUACCCUGCUGCCUUCACACAAGCCUGCCAGGCUCAGCCAAUCCCAGGCCAGCAGUCUGCGGUUAAAGGCGUGGCCAAGUUCGACUUCACAGCAGAGAGCGAGGAUGAGCUCACGGUAAAGGUCGGUGACAUUAUUACGCAGGUGGAGUUUGUGGACGAGCAGUGGAUUCUGGGAGUUGUGGGCGGGAAGCGUGGGAUUGUGCCUACAAACUACAUUUCUCUUCUCUCAUGAGGAAAACCCUGAAAACUAGGACACUCUGGGAACAGGUUGGUGGGUUUUGAACUCUGCACGGAGCUCGGGGAAAACUCAACUCGGCUACGACAGUGUUUCAGAGUUUUCCCCAAUAAACCUUUUGGGCAGGUUUUGGGUUAAACAAAAGCCGCCUGCUCAGAUUUUAUUGGUAGUUUGGACCGUCUCUUGACAACAGGACGCACCUGCGCCGCCUUAGCGACGGAGUAAAACUGACUUCACGCCGGUGAUUUGCGUCUUCCUCUCUUCCAUCGCUGUGCUCUGAUUGGCUCCGUGGAUUAUAUCCCACCUGGACUGGAUGUGACUUUGUUUCUUUCUCUGACUGUUGGGUUCAUUAGUCCAGACCAGUGGACGGUCCCAGAAAACCAAAACCCCGAAGCUCCUGCGACUCAACAUCCUGCACUAAUGGUUCAAAUCCCUCCGCAUGAUGGGGACGGAUGGACAAAUAUAAUCAGGAUCGGACAUUUUGCUUUAAACAGCCGCCGUUUGGCGACUUUUCCUCUUUCUGUGUCUGAUUACAGAUGUUUAACAUAGACUGUUAAAAGUGUUACGCGUCAGAUACAUUUUCAAAAUAAGAGGCCAGCUCGCAGUAUUUGAACUGAAAAAAACAUCAAGGUUUCCAGAGGAGGACUAAUUCACUUUAAAGGGAUAUUUCAGAUGUUUUGCAGUGUGGUUGUUGUGAUUACGGUGUGAUUGACAACUCUGGUUCUGGUUCCCCAAACUUUAACCCUGACUCCAGUAGAGGUGGUGUGAGCAACAUCUUGUAUAUGAGGAUGUCUUUCAAUAUCAAUCUGAGGAUACUAGGCCUUCCAAUACUGCAGGAGGGUAAAGCCGAGUUAAUUACAUGAGCAAGGGCUUAUCAACUAUAAGCUACUUCUCCAGUCAGUGUGUUAGCUGCAGUAGAUGUUUGGAGGUGGACAAACAUGGAAGCUAAGCAACGUCUUGCUGUGGACGGGGACAGCAUUUAAAUGCAUGUUAGACACAUUAAAAACAUCCAUUUCAGUGUAAGUGGACGCUUUAUUUAGAAUAUUUUGACCACGUUACCACGCGGUCGGACGGCUCUUCACGACGGGGAAGUGAAGCCGUUAUCUCUGCUCUCCUCAAAGCCGCCAGACUCCUUUUUAUUUUACCUUGUAGAACCGUUUUUUUAAAAUGAGUCUGGCGGCUUUGAAGAGAGCAGAGAUACCGGCUUCGUAAAGGGCCGUCUGACACCCAGAUAAAGCAGUGAAAAUAUUCUAAAUAUAGCGUAAAAUUAAACUGAAACUGUGUCGGUACUCUGAACCGGGGGGGCAUGCGAUGGAUAAGGACCUCAUACAACCCCGGUUAAAAAUAAUCUGAACUAUCCCUUAAACUAACUCAGUCAAAACUUACAUUUAUCUUUAACAUAGUGUACCGUGAACCUAAGCCAGAGGAAAACUGAAUAACGGAGCUUUGAGUCGGCCGGAUGUUUGUCUGCUGGUGCAUGCUGGGAGGAAAACGCCAGCUCUGGUUUGUGUUGUUUCCUAAAUGUUUUUACCUUGUAGCGCUCAGCGGUCCGAGAGCCAAAAAAAAUGCCACUUUUAAGACUUUUAAUUAUAGAAACAACCAUUUUAGUUGAAAUAAACUGUCAGAAUGUUUUGUUUUAAGACUCUCUAGGUACCUUUUUAAAGCUAUUUAUAAAAGUUAUUUUGUUGCACAUGUUUUCACUGAUAAAUUCUUGCGUAGAAACUUUUUCUAAAAGUUUUACGUUCUUAAAGCUUUGAAGCUUAAAUCAGAUCACUGUACACAAAGAACACUAAGACUGGUGUUGAUUGGUCAUCUAGAGAUUCAUUAUCCUACUAAACCUCUUCCAGAGCUCUUCUCUGACUGUUUCAGGGGCUGCUGGAUGAUUUUUGGGGGUCUCAAACCCCCGAUGAAGGCAGCGGAGCCUCAAAGAUUUGGCACUGGAGAGGUGUGCAACAUGAUUUGGAAAAUGCUUGGAAGUCAUGUAGAGUUAACAUGAUUAACAGAUUUCAACAUGCAGCCAAAACUAUAAUGCUUAAUAAGAGCAUGCAGCUCAAUGAAAGCAAAGAAACAUGGAUUAUAUUUUUUAUAUAAAGAGGUUAUUAAAGGAGUUUAAAAAAUAAGCUUUACAAAUCUUAAAAAUCACUUUUCAUUGAUAAAGACCUUAAAACAUGUUUAUAGUUUCUAAUAGUUAAAGCUAAAUGUCAUAAACUGUAAAUGCAUAAGUCCACAGGGUGAGACUGAAAGCUGCAAUAUUAAAGUUGCUGUUGGUACGAUGGGAAGAUCCAGGACUUCGACAACUUCUCAGCCCCUCCCCCAUUUCGCUAAAGCCCAAACGGUCUCCUAAGCCCCUCCCCCUAUGAGGGAGAAUGAGCCUGAUUGGUGCAUCUGAACAGGGAGCGGGGGAUUUUGCAAAUAGCACUACAAGCUUUAGAGUAUUUUUAUUUUAUUUUUACUCAAACAUAGGGUCAGUUUCAACAAAUAUGACAGAAAGUAAGUUCAAUAAGUCUUACCUACUGCACGUUUUUAAGGAACUAAAACGCUAUUUGACACCCACAUUAGCUCAUGUUUGAUUUCCUGCUGUUAAGCAGUAUCAAAAGGCAGUUUUGCACCGACAACAGUGUGUUGUCACAAAACUAUUGUACAAACUCUUUCAGAUAAGCAAAGAUCUAGCUGGAUUCUUUUUUUUUUUUUUAAAUGUACUGUAUUCCAUCUUUUCUCACAUUUCCUCAAUAUGUAUUCUGUGUUAAAAAACUAAAUCUGCAAAAAAAACACCUUUUUCCAGACUGAAUAUACGAGUCCUACUCAUUUUAUUAAAUGUUAAACGUGGAGGAUUUUCUCUCAAUGUGCUGUCAGCAAAUUACCAGCAACAAUGAUACAUUUUUCUUUGUUAGAUUUACGUUUUUUGGGGUGUUUAUCUGACAAUUGCAGGUCUUUUUGCUCACUAAUGCAGGAUUCAACCUCUCUGAUGUAACUCCAACUGACUUUUUACUUUGGACACAUUACUGUUUUUAUUAUUAUUAGUUAUCUUUUCCAUAUAAUUCAGUGUCUGAAAAGGCAAAUUCAAACUAAGUGUAACAACUCAAAUGCAGCCAGAUAACAAUAAAUGAUUAACGUGUCAUAAGGUGGAUGUUUUUCAGCCGUUUCAAUGCAAAGUAAGAGUGUGCAAACAUAUGGAGCGCAAAUAUAACAA